GGUUGAUCAGUGAAGAAGGAAGAGAGUUUAAUCAUCAGAGUCUCAACAUGAAAGUCUGUCACACGUUGAUCUGCUGCUUCUUCCUCUCUCUGCAGGAUGGAAACAACGGUCUCGUCAAUGCCCAAUCCACUGUCUAUACAGGAACUGAAGGAGGAGAUGUCACAAUUGAGUGCUCCUCUUCUUCGUCUGGAAGCAGGAAGAUCUUCUGCAAGGAACAAUGUGAACAGGAAGACAUUCUCAUUGAAACAACUAAUGUCAGAGCUCGGAGAGGCAGAUACAGCAUUGAAUGGAAGCGGACACAAGGAACACGUGUAGGAGAUGUUUCUGUGACCAUCACACAGCUGACCAAGUCUGACUCAGGACGGUACAGGUGUGGUGGGAGUAUUUCAACAUUCGAGCAGAUUGAGAUCAUUGUUGUAGAUGCUUUUCUGGAUAAAGAUACCUCUGAAGAAAAAACCCUCUAUAAGAGAACUGGAGGAAAUAUCAUAGUUGCAUGCUACUUUACUCGCUCUAGAAGCAGGGCGUACUUCUGUAAGGAAGACUGUAAAGAAAAAGACAUUCUUGUUGAAACAUUUGGUUCCACGGGUCAGACAGGCAGAUACAGCAUCAGAUAUGCUGAAGGAAUUCGAUCAGGAGGAUUUGUGUAUGUGAGCAUCACACAGCUGACCAAGUCUGACUCAGGACGCUACAGGUGUGGUCUGUACACAUCUUUCUUUCUAGAUUCCUACCUGGAGUUUCAGAUCAUUGUCACAGAUGCUCCGACCACUUCUAAACCAAACUUGAUUCCACUGGCGUUUUCAUCGUCAGUCCCAUCAGCCUCCACAGCAACAAGCUCCAGUUCAGAAAGCUUCACAACUCCACGCGGUAAGGCAAAACCAUCUGCAGGUGUGCUGACAUAUGUGGUCCCGAUUGUUGUCAUCAUUGUCAUCAUUGUCAUCAUCUCAGGGCUGGCGCUGAUGGUAAUCUGUAUUCGGAGGAAAACCAAACCUGAUGGUUUGCUUACCAGAGGAAACUCAGACGGCACAAACAUGGAGAUUGCCCACUAUGAGAACUGUCGUCCAGUCUCCACAUGUGAAGACUCCAUCUACCAGAGCCUCGAUCCAGCCAGCAUGGAUCAGGACCAAACCUACUGUACACUCACACCCAAACAACACACAUGACCUGGAUUCUGUUAAUGUGCCUCAAGGGUCCAGUUUGUACUCUGUGUUCUGCAUUUAGGGAAAAAUAAUUAACAAAAAACACACAAGCUGUUGUUUUCUCUGUUUGCAGUGCAUUUCUUUAUGCCUUGUGUGUGUUGUCAUAUGAGAGAAUAUGUUUCACGUUUUGCUGGUGUGUUACUACUUUGCAGUGUUGGAUGAUGAAUUCUUCAUUUGCUUGU